GUGGACGCAGUUUGGCAAGCAGGGGCAGCGAUUUCAAUUAGAUUACAUAACGGCGGCCCGACAAUAGCGACAGUCACGGGGCCACGCUGAAAUCCGCAUUACUACAAUUUAAACAGGUUAAGGAGACACUGCUUUCGCAACGGCCUAAUGAGCCAAGAAAGGAGAGCCCGGGCUUCUCUCAUAUCGAUUAUCCCUGCGAUCGAUAUAUAAUCCGAGCGGGGCGGCCAGCCUUGAUCAUACCGAUCACAGCGGCGAAGUCAAACACCUCUCUCUCUCUCUCUCUCUCUCUCUCUCGUUGAUAUUGAACCGACUGAGGAUAAACACGGUGCACGAUGAGCAAACUGGCGGCGAUCUGCCUGCUGGCAGUGUGCAUCGCCUCUCAUUGCGUGAGCAACGCGCGCCGAAUCACGAGGGAUCAUUACGACGACUUGCAGGUAGCCGCCUCCCAUCAUCAUCACGAGAGCGGCCACGGCGAGGAGCAUCAUUCCGACCAUCACCACCACCACGGUGGCAAGGGCGAUAAGGGUUACAAGUCCCAUCAUCACCACGACAAGGGCGAGAAGGGGCACCACGACAAGGAGGGCCAUCACGGCCACUACCACGAAGACAGCGGCCACAAGAAGCAUCAUCAUCACGACGACGGCUAUUACAGCGAGCAUCACAAGGGCGAAAAGGGCGAGAAGGGUCACAAGUUCCACGAGAAGGGCCACUUCGGUAAGGGCCACAGCACCAAGGGCCACCACGAGGUGCACAAGCUCGACGAAUACAAGAAGGACAAAGAGUUCUUCGACGAGCACCACGACCACGGCCAUCACGAGGAGCACGGCGGCCAUCAUCACGAGCACGGUCACAAGAAGGGCGGCCACUUCAAGAAGGGUCAUCACGAUCAUCAUCAUCACGAGGGCCAUCACGGCAAGAAGGGCCAUCACGAGAAGGGCCAUCAUCAUCACGACCACAAGGGCCACAAGGGUCAUCAUGACCACGAAGAGCAUCAUCAUCAUCACCAUCAUCAUGGCAAGAAGGGCGGCCACGAGGACCACAAGCAUUGGGGAUUCAAAAAGGGCCACUGAUGCGGAUACCAUGACAAGAGUCCCACCAUUUUACCGCUAGCACUUGUUGAAUUGCGUUUGUACCGCGUUACGUUGACGAGUUGUACGCGUUGACCAGCAGAAUAAAUUCCCUCCCCGAGAGAACAUGCCAAAUCUCAUUUGUACACGUAUUCUUCAUUAGUAAUUGCAACGUUGCGGCGUAGUCAGUCGGCCGCCAUGUGUACGCGCGUCUGUUGAGCCGGGGGAUUUUUUUUUCCUUGUCGUCCUUGUUCCGGCGGCGUGAGGAGGCGCGGGGAUAGCCCCCGCAUUAAUCAGAUUUUUAUAACGCCAUAAAUGUAUAUAUCGGACGUGAAAUGGUAUUUGAAUUAUUUCCACUCCGCGGCCGUAACGUGUGUCGCAAAAUCGGUAACUGUCGUAAUAAUUUAGUGGAGUUUCAUGUUUUGUGCUACAUCAGUCACGCUUCCGCGGCGUAACAGCUGUCACAAGAAAAUAUGGCCGCUCGUUACAUACCAUUUCCAUAAAACCGUUGCAUCGGCCGUUUACCUCGCUCAGUGGUGCAAUUGACGCGGUUUUGCAAGCGUUUUUGUUCCACCGCCCGUUUCUUAAUGAUUCCGAGCGCUUAAUUGCGACGACCUGGGUGACAACGAAUGAUUCAGUCCAAAUUGUUUAUAUAAUUUAAUUACGUAGAAAACAUAAUGAUCACGAGGGAAACACGAUAUAAAUUAGUUCUCUCGAAAGGGAGAAAGGAGGAGGGGAAGACGACCGACCGCAUACACACACACACACACGUACGUACGCAGUGUAUGUUGUUAAUUAGUUAAAUAUUGGCGUUCGACAUUUAUACCUUGGCUAUAUUUUCGCUGGUUAUUCUAAUUGUAAUGCAAUUCUGUUAUAAACAUGUUAUUGACGUCAGUCAUUGUAUCUGACAAUUGUGCAGCGCGAUACGAAUUGGAAAUCCGUCCCCAUGAUAAUACCCGACG